AUGAAUACCGAGGUCUCGUUUAAACUCUGUCUCGCCUCGUCGACCAUUUUACUCGGCUUUACGCUUCGCAAACUACACGUGGUGACUCGAGAAAACGGCGAAUCGUUACUCGCCGUGAUAUUCGGCGCUCUGUUGCCCAGUUUAUUACUCCAGAGGCUCGCGCGAAACGAAGAACGACUUUACGUCAGAGUCUCGCGUAAAACAGCAUCCAUCGCUCGUUUUGUGGGAGCUUUUUGUGGAUUUUCUUUCCUCAUUCAAGCGAGGAGAGAGGUGUUGACUAAAAACUCAUCAAUGUCUUUCUUUGUACUCUUAAUGCACUUAAUUCAACAGACGUUCGCUUCAAUACACGCGAGCGCGGAGUACUUGGUGUUUUUCGCGUACAGCGUCUCACAGUGUCUGGUCGGCACGACUGUAGGUUUUCUGUUGUUUCGAAAUCGCGAGCGAAAUAAAGGGGAACAUUUAGCCGGUGCGACGGUUGGGGUAAAUCUGGGAACGUUUGCGUACCCGCUCGUAUUCGCGGUGUUUGGCGAGGUCGGGUUGAGGAGAGCGGUGGUGUUUGAUUUCUUUAAUCAAGUGUCGAUUUUAAUCGCCAGCUACGUGUUGUUCGCGCUGAGUACAAGACGUGAUGGUGAUGGAGGUGAGAAAACGUCGAAGGAGGUUAUUUUGAAAGCCAUCAAGACGCAAAUGUUCACGCCGUGUUUACUCGCGUUGUAUCUUUCGAUCGCGUUGAAAGCCAUUCCGAACGCGUCGAUUCCGUACGCGCUGGAUCAGUUUUUAGGGUCCUUGGCGGUCGCGGCAAAGCCGUUGGCGUUGUUGUCGCUUGGGAUAUUGUUCGAGCCUAAAAUGAGUAAGAGAGAAGUUUCAGACGUGGUGACUUUGUUGUUGAUUCGGUACGGAAGCGGAUUACUCAUAGCCGCCACGGCAAUCGCGUUGAACAUGUACCAAUUCAUAGGGGCUAGUGGAUUGGCGGUGUUGACGUUAGCGCUAACCGCCCCGGUGCCCUUGAUUUCUAUACGAUACGCCAAACAGUUUGGGUUAAACUCAGGACCGGCGGCCACGGCAGUGAAUGCGAGUAACGUCGUGUCUUUUGUCGCUAUUCUGAUGCUCGCCGGAGCGGAUUUCGAAACGCAACGGAGAAGUUUGAUGUCGUUGUUCGCUUUGAUUGGUUUUUUUUUAUUCAGCGUUGGUUGUUUCAUGAAUAAAAAGGCGAUGAUGGUUUCAGAAGAAGGAAACGACGAUUCGUUUGAAAUCAGAGAUAUCGGCAACGGGAAGAAGCGGUUCGUUUCCACCAACGCUUUUUUGACGAGGAGGAGAGCGAAUACCAUCGCCAUCACAAAAUUCGACGAUACCAAUCAUCAUAUAUACAAGAGAAGGAAAAACGUCGUCCAACUCGUACCGUCGUCGUUAUCACCUGUAGCAACACCACCACCCAGAGUUUGUUGUCGCACUUUUGUAGUCAGUCGUAGGAUUAGGAAUAGGAAUAGUGACAGAUUUUUUUGUGUCGCGGCACAUCGAAGCGCCGCGUUGGUCUUCUAA